AUGGCGCCGGGCGCGAGGGUGGCGAGUUGUACACUUUUGGGAGCUGAUCACGUGGUGGUCGAAAAUGGAACAGAAAGAGCUGAGGGCGGGGAGAGUGAGAGUGAACUGGAUAUGCUCGCUGAGGUGGAGACUGAGAGUGAUUCAGAUGAUCAAGAUAAUGCAGAAUCGGCCCAACGCAGCGUACAGACUGGCGCCACGCAAGGUUCGGAUGCCGGAAUAGCGUCGCUGUUAUUGUACCCAGAGGAAGAAAGUGGGGAUUCCACUCAGCCAGAAGACGAGGACUCGGAGGCUGGGGAAACUGACGAGCAGGAGGGAGAGUCGGAACCUCAGCUCCACGAUGGAGAGACCCUGGAGAGAAGGGCGGCACCGCCGACUAGGACUAAUCUAGCGCCGCACUCUAUGCAGUGGGCCAUACGGUCUCGCGAAGCCCUGCGCGGCGGAAGUAGUGGAACGAGUGGGGUAAGACUGACGGGUGCAUCUUCUUUGGUCUUCAUAGACCCGGCGUCUUUGCGCCGUUCGGCCGGAGUGGCAGCUGCCGGAGCUCACGACCCCCAUUCUACUUCUACCACGGCCGCUUUUCUUGCGAGGGCUUUUGGUAUCGUAAUUCGACAAAUUGCGGAUCUUCUAUGGGAAUACGAGCGCGCUCCAUUGCCCCUGACGCGUAUGCUACCAUUCGCCUAUACUGAUGCAUUGCGUCUUCAGUGUUACUUGGAGAGACAACUGAAGCCCACCUGGGAUUGGCUUGUCACCGUUAUGGACGCCACUGAGGCUCAACUUAGAUUUGGAGCAUCAUUAACCUCCAACAAUGCGAGUACAUCCACAGCGGAGCCAAGUAGAGCGGCCGCUCCGACCACUCGCAGAGCGACUUCUUUUACCACACCCGCUUCAAGAAUUAUAGGAUUUUCUGAAGCGCCUCGGGUUAGGGAUCGUGAUCAAGGCGUGGAAGCCGGUAGCGCAAGACGCGAGUUCCUCGCAUACUGUUUGUCCCUCCUACGUGCACAUAGCGCUGAGCACGCGGAACAACUGCCCGUACUGGAUGUGGCCGCACUCAAGCACGUCGCGUACGUACUCGACGCACUCGUCUAUUACAUGAGAGCUGCUCAGCCGCAGCCGCAUCAUCAUCACCAUUUGUGGACACCGGAUGAAAAUGAAAACGAGGAAGGUGAAGAAGAAAUGGUAGUAGGUGGCAGCACUGCGGCAGAAUCUGACAAUGAGGGGGAGAAUGGACGAGGAAGGCAACACUCGUUCUUCCAGAGAACUGAUUCUACGCUAUGCCUUGGCUGUCCCCCACCCGAUCCAUUUAAUAUGACAAUGCAAGACGCCCUGCCAUUGGCUGAUCAGCCCCAACUAUUGCAACCCAACGCUAGGCGCGAAGAACUCUUUGGAAUGCCGCGACAACCCGUCACUGUGCCGCCCUCUGGUGAUGGACCACCGGGGACUAAUAACCCACUUGAAGUUGUGCCUCGUCGCCUAGGGCUCUCCAGCCGUGGCCCGGAACGUGGAGCUUCGCCUCCAGCCCGCCCCGCUUCGGCCCCUCCUGCGCAUACGCACACGCACAUACUAUCCAGAGACGAACCACAGGAUCUAUCGUGUGCCAAAGAUACAGCAUCGAAAAUGGAUAUGGAUACGGACGGGGAAUAUAUAUCGGAUUCUGACUCCAAUGAAGCUAGACAAAUUACAAGGAAAAAACAUCAUCGGCACCCACACAUGUCCAGUAGCAAUCAAAUGCACGACUCGAACUCGUCAAGCUCAGAGUUCCAUACGCUAGUGAAUACAGCUUGCUCCAUCAUGGAAGGACCGCAUCAGCAGGGGCUUAGCAUUUCACCAUCUCCAGGUCCAAGUGGUCUCAACACAGCGCAAGAGCCGCGCGCCUCUUCAUCAAGAAGUCCCGGAAAAUCCGUUAUUGUACGUGCUAGCCGCGAACGUCAAGGUGAAUUGUUGAGUGUGGCCGACCCGCUGGAAUCGCAAGAGAUCUCUGCGCACGUGACAGUUGAAACUACUGGCUUGCCCCCUCCGCCGCCAUUGCCGCAGCCCAAUGCACCAGCGCAGCCGCGCGCGUGUCCAUCCCUCGGUGCGUCAGUAUCGCACGACCUGUUAUUGGGCAGAUGGCGUCUGUCGCUUGACCUAUUCGGACGUGUGUUCACUGAAGAUGUGGGAUUGGAACCGGGAUCCGUGGUAUCUGAACUCGGUGGAUUCCCCGUCAAAGAGGUGAAGUUCCGAAGAGAUAUGGAGAAGUUGAGGACAUCAGCGCAGAAGGAUUUGACACUGCAUAAGAUGGAACGCGAACGUACGAAAUUACUUCAACAAACGUUCGCGGAACUAAAUAGUGCGUUUGCGGGACAGAAUCGUCGGGCUCUCGGCGCUUUACCGCAACUCACGGUUAAUAGAGUCAAGGUCACGUUUAGAGAUGAACCUGGGGAAGGCAGUGGUGUUGCCAGGUCUUUCUACACGAGUGUAGCUGAGGCUCUUCUAGCAAAUGAGAAGCUACCGCCAUUUGAGCCCAAAGCAGGCAAUGUAACCAAUAACAGCGCUGCGAACGGAACUUCUGGUUCCGCGGGUGGCGCUGCUAGUGGGGCUAGCACUAAUAGUGGAGCUCGCAGUAGUAGUGGUGCAAGUCGUGCACGGACGAAAGACACGGCCAGGCGUGGAGCAGCCAGACCAGCUUCCAGGCCUUCAUCACGAGAACCAAGGAGGGUGCUCAGCGUUGAUGCACGGCCUUAUUCGCCACAGGGUGCUCCUGGUGGUGAGAGCGCGGGCUACAGCGGCGAAAGAUCUAGCGGACACAACGAACACCUCACCGUACAUCAGGCUCAGUUAGGCGAGAGACUGUAUCCAAAGGUUCAUUCCCUACACCCAACGUUCGCGGGCAAGAUUACGGGGAUGCUGUUAGAGCUGACUCCUGCUCAGUUGCUCGUGUUGCUCGCAAGUGAAGACGCGCUCAGGCAAAAGGUUCGGGAGGCCAUGGAUCUCAUCGUUAUGCACCCAUCAGAGGCGAUACUCGAUCUCGAUGUAUUCUCUCUAUCGGAGCGUGGCGGGGGCGCAGCCCUAAACCCUACGAGCGCCGUCUCGGCCCCUGACGACGCAGCUCCGCUGUUCUACUCCCCUGGCAAGAGAGGGUAUUAUUCCCCUCGCCAGGGUAGAGCUACUCCAGAGAGAAUUAACGCUUUUAGAAAUGUUGGAAGAAUAAUAGGCCUAUGCCUCCUGCAAAACGAGCUAUGUCCAAUGUUCCUGAACCGUCACGUACUGAAAUAUAUCCUGGGUAGGAAGAUUCGCUUCCACGAUCUGGCCUUCUUCGAUCCAGUGGUCUACGAGAGCUUGAGGCAGCUCGUGGUGGACGCGGAAACUGGCGACUCUCACACGCUUUUUGCAGCGCUUGAUCUCAAUUUUAGCCUUGAAAUGUGCGAAGAAGAGGGCGGUGGCUGCGUAGAAUUAUUGCCCGGUGGACGAGAGAUCGAAGUGACCGCGUUGAACGUAUACGACUACGUGCGGAAGUACGCGCAACAUCGCAUGGUCAUAUCUCAGGAGAAGGCUUUAGAGGCUAUGCGAGUGGGAGUCCUGGAUGUCCUCCCCGAAUCGGCCCUAGAAGGCCUAACCGCGGAGGACUUAAGGCUGUUGCUGAACGGUGUUGGCGACAUCAACGUGGCAGCGCUCGUGUCGUACACGGGCUUCAAUGACGAGAGCGGGGAACCCCCGGAACGACUCGCCAGAUUCAAACGCUGGCUCUGGGCUAUAGUUGAUAAGAUGACGCAUUUGGAAAGGCAGGAUUUGGUAUACUUUUGGACCGGAUCGCCAGCUCUGCCAGCAUCAGAGGAAGGCUUCCAGCCGAUGCCUUCAGUGACAAUCAGACCAGCCGACGACGCCCACCUGCCCACGGCCAACACCUGCAUCUCCCGACUCUACAUACCUCUGUAUUCCUCGCGACACGUUCUCAAACAUAAACUAUUACUCGCUAUUAAAACUAAAAACUUUGGCUUCGUCUAG